UCACAGCCGUUGGAUGGAUCCCUUGUUGCUUCACCGCAACUCAAAGAAGCGUGGGUCAUAUCAAAUCGCACCGCCUAACAAGGGCAAACCAACCCAAAGAAGGUUUCUUCUUCUGUCAAUCUUUCUCUCCUCUCGAGUGUUGUUAUUCCUAUUCCCCCCAUCUGUGUGAAUUGCUACACAGAGAGAGAGAGGCGUGAGAGAAAUGGCGAACAGUCACACCGAUGACUUAGACGAGCUUCUCGAUAGUGCAUUGGAUGAUUUCAAAGAUCUCAAUCUUUCUCAAAGAAAUCAAAGGGAAGCCCAAGAGGAAGAGAAGAAGAAGAAGAAGAAGAAGGAAGAGACGAGUUCAUUACCGAGUGGAGUUCAAGGUCUUGGAAUGGGAUUACCAGAUAUGAGAAGCAAGAAGAAAGGAAAGCAGAAAGUUUCAAAAGAGGAUCAUGUUGCAGAAGCUCUUGAUAAGCUUAGGGAACAAACUAGGGAAACUGUCAAGGGAUUGGAAUCCAUUUCUUCUUCUAAGCAGCAGCCAGCUUCUGAUGAUGAUGGUAUGGUAGAGGAUUUCCUCAAACAAUUCGAGGAUCUUGCUGGAUCUAAGGACUUGGAAUCAAUAGUUGAAACAAUGAUGCAACAGCUAUUGUCGAAAGAUAUCCUCCACGAACCAAUGAAGGAGAUCGGUGCAAGAUAUCCGAAAUGGCUAAAAGAUAAUGAAGCCAGUCUAAGCGAAGAAGACUACAAGCGUUAUUCACAACAGUACAAACUAAUCGAAGAACUCAAUGUGGUUUACGAGAAUGAACCGAACAAUUCAGCUAAGAUAAUGGAGAUCAUGCAGAAGAUGCAAGAAUGCGGACAACCCCCGAGUGAUAUAGUUAAAGAGAUUGAUCCCGGGUUUGAUUUCGCAAGUCUAGGCCAAAUAUCUCCAGAGAUGCUGGAGUCCUCGCCAAAUUGCUGUAUAAUGUGAUUGGGACCAAACAGCUUUUAAGGAUUAUGUCGUUUAUUCUCUAAGUGUAAAAUUCAAAAGCUGUGUUUUAAAUUAUGAUUGGAAUUUCACACACACACACAAAAGAAAAAAAAGAAGUCUUUUAUCUUA